UGUUUUUAUGAGCCGUUAAAUGAACGUGUGCAUAUUUGCACUGUUACCUCCCUUUGUUAUUAGCUAACCAAGGCAGCAUGGCCGUCCGCAAAACGGUUGAGAACGUUCUGCAAGAAAUUGGCCUCUAUGCACUUCUAGGAAACUUUGUUGGUCAGAAGAUCGAGUUUGAUUCGUUGACUCAUUUGUCAGACACUGAACUCGGUCGACUCAGUGUCACGACAAUUGGGGACAGAGUCAGAUUGCGAGAGAAAGUUCGCGAGGUGGGGCAGCUACAAGACAACUCAGUGAGCAGGUUCGGCAAAGGCAUAAGAGGCAUAGCAGUACCUAGUGGAAGCGUUGAGCAGCAUUUAUUAUUUGCCAAUCAUACAGGGAGAAACUCAAGAAAAAGAGUAAAAUCUGAAGGUAAACAUCGGCCAUGGACUGUUACAUUUGUGUGUUUGAGUGAUAAAAACUGUUCAAAAGUCCCAACAGCUGAAGUAAAAGAGAUGUUGUUAAAAGCAGGGCUUGGAUUUAAGAAGAUACAGUUUACUUCUGAAGACAAUUUGAUGGAAAAGGUGUGCUCAGAUGACAAGGAUGAAAAUAAUGAGUGUGUUGGGUUCCCUCAGCUUAAACACAGUGGUGGCUUUGAGUUGCUAAGAUGUCAAGCAAACAGCCGCGAACUGACUGUCAUAGAUUGCCCUUGGACAGUUAAAGGCUUGAAAAAAUUUAUUGGUUCUCAGACAAAAAUAUACAUUCGGCCUAUUCAACAGAACUUGUCAACAGAACCCAUCAGAGCUGAGACCGUAGAAGCUGACAUUAGAGAAGCAUGUAGAAACUGUGGUCUCAUGAUCCCAGUUCAGUGUUUAAGGUCGCACUGCCUGGAGGGUUGUCAAGACAUGCAGACACAGCAUGAAGUAGCAGCUAACAGCCGGUCAGAAACGUACCUGUAUACUUCACAGGGAAAUUCAGAUGAAGAACUUCCUGAAAGUGCUUCAGAGAUAAUUCAUCAACAGUGUACUACAUUUUGUAAAUCCAAUGAUGUGUCUGAUCCUAUUCAUGUGCUAAAGAUCUUUCAAAAAGAGAUUGUCACUGGGAGACCAUUAGAACUAACAGAAGAGACAUCAUCUACAGGCAUUUAUAGUGAAACCAAUUUCAUUUUGGUAGACAGAGGCGAUCUUACUGAAAACAGCAAUUGAGGAAAUAAGGGCAAUAAGCGACAUGAGGAAA